CGCACGUUACAGUACUCCCUCAUUUUCUCACCCGUCUCUGUUUAUAUUUCCCUCCAGCCAAGUGAUUUACUCCAGGUGAAUUUUCAGCUGACAGCAGGACAAACAGGACGACAUUAUCACCUCCACUUUUAUCCGCUGGACUCUCUUAAAGGUUUGAAGAGAUGUCAUCUGUUUGGCAUCAGGAGCCGUCAUGUUAUUCGCCCUGUGUAGAAAUCGACUCCAGCUCCGUGAGGACCAAAGAGCGCCUCAGCUCUCCUGCCUGGCUAAAGCAGGAGCAAGACGACCUUCGUAUCAUUAAGUGGGAGAAUUUUCAAACGGGAGCAUCAGCAGAUGCUGUUCAGGACAACACACCCAGCAGUGCCAUGUCUGCUGCUUCCCAAGUAGAGGGUCUUCCCCCGAGGGUGCUGCUGACCAUCACCAAGCUGCAGUGCAUGCUGGAGAGCAAACAAGAACGCAUCGCUGCUCUCGAGAGGCAGGUGGAGGAUUUGAUGCAAGACCGCAAGUUCCUGAGAAGCCAGAUUGAAAACCUCACAAGUAACCGCUCCAUGCCAGCGUUUGCUGCCCCCAGUCCUGUGACUGAAACCACCGGAGUCCAGUACGUCAUUCACCGCUACAAACAAGUCCUGUCCGCUUUCAUCAAGAAGAAAAGCAUGAGCGAAGCGUUCCGCCAUCUCGGAAUCGACCGGAACACCAUCGCCAACACGGCGUCAAUUGCCGAGCUCCACCUGGCGGGUAAAGACAUGGUCUCCUUGGUUGGCAAUUUUCGGCAAGGGGAAGAGACUCUAGUGAGCUACGCCCAAAGGUGCACUUUGGUCAUUGACAGCGACGCCGACCUGUCCAGGAAAAUAGACCAGAUGAAAGCCAACGGCGAGCUUCUGCCCAUCUCAGGGAAAAGGUCAAGGUUGUUGCAUUCUCACCUGCCGCAGCUAGGUGGUCCUGCAGAGAGCAUUUUAAUAGGUUGACGGUUGGUGUGAUAAUAUAUUGAGAUGGUGCAUAAUGCCUUCACAAAAUUCUGUUCUUUGUUUGUUUGUUUCAAAAUGAACUGCUGGAUUUGAAUGACUUGCUCAGCAUUGUUUUUUUUCCCUAUUUCUUUAUGCUUGAUGCCUCAAUGGCUCAGGAAUGUUUUUAAUAUUCUCAUUUAUAAUGAAAAAUGUCGGCACCUGCUUUUUAUUGAUGCAAAUAUUUUUUCCUUAUGUAGUAUUGGAAACGGCCACAAGAUGGCAGUGCUCACAUGCUAAAUUAUGUUUACAGCUUAUGGCGCUUGUCAUUUACUUCAAAAUGGUGGCUGGUCAAUUUCCAUUUUCAAGCCUUUUAAAGAUGUAAAAAAAUAUGUUUCAUUAUGUAGAGUUUCAUAUACUGCAAGUGAUAUAAAAGCUGCCUUUAAAGAAGGAAUUAAAACACUACAGAUUUCA